CAUCUCUAAAUUUAUUUGAGUUGGCAGCUCUACUAAAGUUGUUUUGUUUGUGGCAUCAAGUUGUUCGCUCUUUUUUAGGCGUCUUUUUAGCGUGCAACAUGCCCAGUAAAAAAGGUAAACAAUCCAUGUGUACCGACGAGCAAGAAUACGUGGUUGAGAAAGUUAUAGGGAAGAAAUUUGAUAGUGAGGGGUAUCCCUACUAUUUGGUAAGAUGGGUGGGCUUUCCGGAAGAGGCAAACUCCUGGGAGCCGAUGACAAACGUUGGCAACGCCAUUGCCCUGGUGGCCGAAUGCGAAAGGAGUCUCUAUUUAAGGAAUGUGGCAGGGCACAAACAGAACGCAUUGGCCGAAAACGAGAAAGAAGUCUUUACCAGACUUCCCACUCCCAAGACACCAAUAAAUGACAAGAAAGGGAAAGAAAGGGAUUUCAAAUCGAAGCAGGAUAAAGGGAAGCUGGCUAGUCCAAAGGAAUGUACAAAAAGUCUUUCCAAGUCAUUGGAAGAGAAGCCCAGCACUAGCUGUACACCUGAGAAGAACGGGAACCUUAAACCACAAAACUUUCCGGAUUGUUUGCUCAAGAGUACCAAUGUUAAGCGUCACUCGAAAGUUCUGGAUCUAAGCGAAUCCAGUGACGACGGUACACCAUUAGCAAAAUAUUUGUCCUACAUACAGACACCUGGCGCUUCCCAACCAUCGGCUCUGCGGCUCCUUAAAGAGGCCGCAUUGUACCAAAGUGAGAGGAAAAGUUCCAUAUCGAACGAGUCCUCGUCCAGCUCGUCAUCAUCGUCCUCUAUGUCAUUGAGUACUGCACCUAAGACACCACUCAAAGAACUCGCACUGUACCGUGAUGCAAAAAAAAGUCCCGACUCGGACGAGUCCUCCUCCAGCUCGUCGUCCUUCUCGUGCUCUUCGUGCUCCUCCUCGGAGUCAACCUCGCCUAAACCCAUCGCAAAGGUACCUUUAUCACUUAGCACGCUUAAGGAAGAGGCUCGGCAGUGGGAGACUAGAAAGCGGAUGAACAAAUUUGGUGGUCUAAUAGAUACCAAAAAUACACCCUCUGCGAUUAGCGAAAGAUCCGUUGCGGAAUUAAAUAUUCCGCUCAGCCAAAAAAGCCGAAAACAGAAAACUAGGAAAUCCAAGAAAUUACAGCACCAGACCAAAUAUAAUUUUCCGACUCCGCCAACCAAGCCGCCAAAAAAACUUCUGGCAACUAAAAAGGCACGCACCAACAAUGUGGUUUUGCUGAGCUCAGACGAGGAGGAGAAUGCGGAGAUCCAGCAACCCCAUUGCUCAAAUUCCAACAUUAAGAAGGACCUGGUGAGCUCCGUGGACAUGCAGCUGGCAUCAAGCGGAGCCAUCAGCAAGAAAAAGAAAAAGAAGGGGCGCCGGCGCUCGAAGUCAGUGAAGGGGAGCCAGGAUUGGAAAAUGCCGGAGUGCAAGGAACCUUUCGGACUGGAUCGCGGUCUGAUACUGGACAAGGUGCACCACAGCUUUAUGGUGCGCGAUCACCUCUUCCUGUUCGUCACCUGGAAGGGCUGCCCAUACCUGGAUGCGGUUCUUUUGGAAGAACUAAAGAAUGUCUACCCAAUGAAGGUUAUCGAGUACUUCGAGAGUUUGGAUAUCGUCAACGACGAUAAAGCUGAAAACUAAACUUUUCUAACCGGUACGAACCACAUUUUGGCCAGAAGCAAACCUUCGCAUCGUAAACAUAAUCAACUUCAAGUUCACGGUCAACGAAUAUCUGAUGAACUUCAACGGAUACAUACAAUUUUUUCUUGUUCUUUUAUUAUAACUUCAUUAUUAUUUUGUAGCACAGAAACUAGAAUGAGGGGAUAAGAUUUAUGUUUUUUGUUUUCUGUACAUGUAGCAACUUGUACUCUAUUUCUAUGUGAAAGAAACCCGAUACUCGAAAUGUCUAAUAAACUUUAUUUUUCGCGUGA